CCGGACUGUCACCCUGGAUUAUAUGAUCAUCUCAUUUUGAUUUCUUGGAGCGUGCAGAGGGAGAUCUCUCCGGAUUAUUAUCACCUGGUGAUGACGCCCCACCGGUGCUGAUUCGGGGUGUGACUGCUGAGGGACGAGUGGCAGGCCGGACUGAACAUCUUGAUGGUGGCUAUAAGAUAAAAGAAAAACACAACCGAGGCCGAGAUGGAAUUACACCGGGGAUUUCGGAUCACUUUGGUCUCAGUCCUCCUGGCUCUGACUCUUUCCGGCGAGCCGGUGGAAGCUCAGAGGGCAGGAUGUAAAAAUGUCCACUACGACUUGGCGUUUAUCCUGGAUACGUCUUCCAGUGUUGGAAAGGAGAACUUUGAGAAGAUCCGGCAAUGGGUGGCCAACAUCGUGGAGUCUUUCGACGUGGCGCCGGACAAGACGAGGGUCGCCGUGGUCCGGUACAGUGACAGACCCAGCACCGAGUUCACCCUGGGUAGAUACCGGACCCUGGAGGAGGUGAAACGAGCCGCCCGCAACAUACGCUACCUGGGUGGAAACACGAUGACCGGGGACGCCAUCGGCUACACCGCCGCCAACAUCUUCACGGAGCGCAGCGGCGCCAGGCCGACGGCCCGAGGCAUCCAGCGGGUCGCCAUCCUCCUCACGGACGGCCGAAGCCAGGAUUACGUCCUGGAGCCCUCCAAGGCGGCCGCCAAAGCCGGCGUCAGGAUUUUCGCCGUGGGCAUCGGGGAGGCGCUGAAGGUGGAGCUGGAGGAGAUCGCGGCCGAGCCAAAGAGCGCCCACGUCUUCCACGUGACGGACUUCAACGCCAUCGACAAGAUCAGAGGCCGGCUGAGGAGGAGGCUGUGCGAGAAUGUCUUGUGUCCGAACAUGAAGGUCCAACCUGAUCAGUUCAAGACCAACAGCUCCAGCUACGGUCUCCAAGAGGUUCCAGGCUUCGACCUGAUGGAGCACUUCAACGUGAGAGACGUUCUGGGAGCCAGAGACGACAAAGGAGGCCAGAGCUCGUACGUCCGGCUCGGCACCAUGCCCGUCGUGCAGCAGGCGGAGGACGUGUUUCCUCAAGGGUUGCCGGAUGAAUACGCCUUUGUGACGACGUUCAAAUUCAGGAAAACCUCAAAACGUGAAGACUGGUACCUCUGGCAGGUUUACGACAAGUAUGGAAUCCCUCAGGUGUCCAUCCGACUGGACGGCGAGAACAAAGGGGUGGAGUACAACGCCGUCGGCUUGACGAAGGACGCCGUCCGAGCCGUGUUCAAGAGCCCCGACGUCGACAACCUGUUCGACCGCAACUGGCACAAGAUCGCCCUGAGCGUGGAGGCCAAGUCCGUGACCCUGUACCUGGACUGCAAGCGCAUCCAGACCGUGGCCAUCGGCGACCGGGAGGACAUCGACAUCCAGGGCAAGACGGUGAUCGGGAAGAGGCUGUACGACAGCGUGCCGAUCGACUUUGACCUCCAGAGGAUGAUGGUGUACUGCGACUCCAAGCAUGCGGAGCUGGAAACCUGCUGUGACAUACCCAACGGACCGUGCCCCAAGAAAGUGGUCACGGAGCCCCCCCCUGUGGAAAUCCCGGCUCCGACGCCUUCGACCGUGGAGCAGCAGAGGGGCCCUCAAGUGAACUGCUCCUGCCCGGGAGGAGAUAAGGGAGCGACCGGUGCGCCCGGCGUUGCAGGUCCUCAGGGUGGAAAGGGUGACACCGGCCUUAAGGGCGCCGUCGGAGAGCCGGGAAUCAGAGCGGAAAAAGGAGAAGCUGGCAAAGUAGUCUCUGUCAAAGGUGACAGAGGUGUGAAGGGCGACACGGGCGGCUUAGGGUUGACAGAUGCUCCCGGAACUAAGGGAGAGAAGGGACUCGGCGGCGUGCCCGGCAUCGACGGCUUAUCCGGAGACAAAGGAGACAGAGGGGAACCGGGACUGGCUGGUGGUUCUGGGCUGCCGGGUCUAGCUGGACAGAAGGGAAUUCAAGGGGAUGAAGGAGUUUCUGGCGGCCCGGGUCCGAAAGGCGUCACCGGCGAGUCGGCGGGGAGAGGUGAGAAGGGACCAACGGGAGACAAGGGCCAGGCAGGCUUUGACGGACUACCUGGAAAACCCGGUGUUCACGGCAAAGACGGUCUGAGAGGACUGGCCGGGGCCUCGGGGCCCAGUGGGAUUAAAGGCAUCAAGGGGGAGAGAGGCCUGGCCGGAUCACCUGGGGAUGUGUUUCAGAAGGAAGGCUUGCGGGGUGAAAAGGGCAAUGCUGGACCUCCUGGGCCUUCAGGGCCUGCCGGCCCCCAGGGGCCUCAUGGUCCUCCGGGUCAUCAGGGUCUACCUGGGGAACCGGGAGAGUUCGGCCAGAGGGGUAAGAAAGGUGAAAGUGGAUCACACGGCGUGGACGGCCUUCCUGGACCCCCUGGUCCGGUGGGUCAAUCCGGGUCAGCUGGGAGCCAAGGACACACCGGGCCUCCCGGUCUUCCCGGUGAAAUUGGAUUUUCAGGCAAGCACGGCGAGGCCGGAAAGUCUGGUCUUCCCGGUAAAGACGGGCUGGACGGCCUUCCUGGGAACGACGGCUCCCCGGGGCUGAGGGGGGAGCGCGCCGCCGAGGGGCCUUCAGGCACACCCGGAUCUAAGGGUGACGAUGGGCCUCCCGGACCAAGAGGGCCUCCAGGGGACAGAGGCGAGCCGGGUGCCGCCGGUCAGACUGGGGGGGACGGAGGCCGCGGGGACAGGGGGGUCCCGGGAGAAAGAGGACAGGAUGGAUCACUCGGCCCGAAAGGGGAUAAAGGAGGCAAGGGGGACGUGGGAGUCAGAGGACUACCCGGCAUCCCGGGGAACGUCGCCAACGUCAUCCCCGAGCCCGGUGAACCCGGCGUACCUGGAGAGAAAGGAGCAAAGGGCGAUCAAGGGAAGCAGGGAGAGAUAGGUCACCGCGGGUUACCGGGCGAACAAGGCUUCAAGGGACCGGCCGGCCUCGCGGGUCCGACGGGUGAAGCCGGCCUCACGGGAGAGACGGGCGGCGCCGGCCCCCCCGGUCCACCGGGGGGCGGCGGCUCUCAAGGUGCUCGGGGAAUACCGGGGAACGUGGGUGUCCCGGGGGCCGCGGGGCCCCCAGCUGCCGCCGGACAGAGGGGAGACAAGGGCGAGGCCGGUAGACCAGGCCCCUCCGGCCCCUCCGGGCCCCCCGGAGACGGAGGCCUGACGGGGCCCCCCGGACCACCGGGGAAGGGCAAAGACGGACAGACUGGAGAUCAAGGACCUCAAGGAAUACAAGGACCCCCAGGGCUAAAGGGCCAGACGGGUUCCCGGGGAGAAUCGGGGUCACCCGGAGGUCGGGGCGUGGCCGGAGAAGGAAAAGUGGGCCAACCGGGACAUGCAGGAAAUAACGGAGCCCCGGGACUUUCAGGCGUGAGGGGUCUGCCCGGGGCCUCCGGUCCUCAGGGCCCCGCGGGCCACAACGGUUUAACGGGACGGCCGGGAGACAAGGGGUCACCCGGAGAUCCCGGAAAAGACGUUGACCUCUCUGACCUCAAACUGAAGGACGUGUGCUCUGACUGCCCAGCCGGUCCUCCCGGUCUUCCUGGUCUACCCGGCGCCUCGGGAGACAAAGGACACCCGGGACCGCCGGGGAAGAACGGCCAAGACGGUUACCAGGGCCAGACGGGAGCAGCCGGAGCCGACGGGCUCCCCGGAGCUGACGGGGCCAAGGGUAUUAAAGGGGAACGAGGAACCCCGGGAGGCCCGGGAGACAAAGGAGAAAAGGGCCACACAGGACCUCCUGGCCAUCCAGGUACCACCGGCCUCAUGGGAACACCUGGUAACGACGGACAGCCCGGCCAAGCCGGCCCCCCUGGCCCCCCCGGAGAAAAGGGCAAAGAGGGUCUCAAGGGGAUCCAGGGACCACCGGGUCUGCCCGGCUUGAUCGGUCCGCCCGGGAGGACGGGGAAAGACGGAGGUCCAGGGGAACCGGGAGAGUCCGGGAAGCAGGGGGAGCCGGGGCCGCUCGGGAGCCCGGGUCUGAGGGGCUUCCCGGGCUUCAAGGGCCACAGAGGAGAAUCGGGUGCUCCGGGUACGAAGGGAGAAGAUGGAAAGCCUGGAUUAUCCGGGAGAGACGGCAAGCCUGGGAAAGAGGGCUCCGUGGGGCCUCCAGGCCGAGAGGGGCUCAGCGGACCCCGAGGGGAGUCGGGGAAACAAGGUGAAGCGGGCCCGUCGGGGAAAGCCGGUCUGCCUGGAACUCCAGGUCUGAGAGGAGACAAGGGAGUGCCCGGCAACCCCGGGCUACCGGGCUUCAGUGGCCCCAAGGGCCCCGCGGGUCCAUUCGGUCCCAUCGGCCCAGAAGGUAAACAGGGGAUGCCGGGCAGAGUGGGAGAUCGUGGCCUCAGAGGAGACAAGGGAGAUGGGGGCGUGAAGGGAGAUAAAGGACAAUCCGGAGAUUCAGGUAUCCCUGGAAACCCCGGACCCCCCGGGAGGAAGGGUCACACAGGGAUGAUGGGCAUGUCUGGACCAAUGGGAGAGCUCGGAGCUCUGGGGCCUCAAGGACCGUCGGGGAACCCCGGUAUUCCAGGCCAGAGGGGAGAGUCGGUGUCUCUGGAGCAGAUGAGACGACUCAUCCAGGAGGAGCUGGCCAAGCAGCUCGACGCCAAGAUGGCGUACCUCUUGGCUCAGAUGCAGCCGGCCCACGUGAAGAGCCCGGCGGGCCGCCCGGGUCACCCGGGGUCCUCGGGUAAGGACGGCAGUUCUGGACGACCGGGACCCCCCGGAGAGCCCGGUAUGCCCGGGCAAAAUGGUGGCGAGGGAUCGAGAGGCCCCGCCGGCCCUAAAGGAGACAAAGGGACCAGAGGAGAAAAGGGAGAAGCCGGCGUGGGCGACCGAGGAGAACAAGGACCCUCGGGACCGAUCGGUCCAGCUGGUCUCCCCGGAUACGGUAAAGACGGAGGCCUGGGUCAAGUCGGAGCCCAGGGGGAACCGGGGAACCCGGGCCCCCACGGUCAGACCGGCCCCCCGGGGCCCACCGGCCAGUGCGACCCCUCCCAGUGCGCCUACUACGCCAGCCUGGGCCAGAGGCCCCACAGCAAGAACGUCAAGGGCACCUAGAGGACGCCGCGCCGGACCGAUGGACUAUGAACCCCUCUUUGAUGUUCUGAAGACGGCAGAACUCGUGCUGGGUCACGUGACCUCUGGGUCACGUGACCUGGUUUAGUUUAUUGUUGGUUAGAAGCGUUGAGAAGAGGAGCUUCACCAGAGGGAGGACGAGAGCUGCUCAUCCCUUUGUUUUUACUCCCUUGAAGCUUCCUGUAAACGUAAAGGGAGGUCACAAGCCCCGCCCCUCAGAGCGCCCCAUUGGUGGAGAAGAUUUCACAGUCGAUGUGUUGAAUCGUUUCAUCAGUAGUUAUCUCAAAAGUCCUUCUUCUUCUUCUUCUUUUCCUCCUCCUCCUUCUUUUCCUCCUCCUUAUUCGUCUCCUCUUCCUCCUUCUUCUUUUACUCCUCCUUAUCCUACUCCUCCUUCCUCUUUUCCUACCCCUCCUUCUCCUCCUCCUUAUCCAUUUCUCCUCUUCCUCCUCCUCCUUCUUCUUUCUUUCUGCCUCGCACCAUUUUGCAUCCUCUGCUCUCCGAUCACUCCCCGUCAGUCAGCUCUCUCUAACUCGUUUGGCGUCCCUUCCCUAAUUACUCAGGUCUGGUGAAUUAUCUGUUUCAUUGUGAUUGAUGGAAGGGGGCGGGGCAUAAAUACCACAAGUGAUGCAAGAACCACUUUGUGCACUUAUUGCUCCCCCCCCCUCCAACUGGUAGCAGUGUUGUUGUUGUUGUUGUUGUGUAGCCUUAAUUGUUUCAGAUAAUAUUGGCUUUCUUAGAAAAGCUGCACACCGCCCUCUCUCUCUCUCUCUCUCUCUCUCUCAACGUGUCACUUCCUGUCUGAGUGCCCUCGUUCCUUCUGUCAUUGGUCCCCUUAGUUUCGGCCCUGCACCCCGAUGGCCACCAGGGGGCCUCGCGUCAGCCUCACAGACCAAUCACAGCGCUCCUCUCAACCUCCCAGAGGUGCUGGUCAUCUUGAACUUAUUUAAUCACCUCCGCCAAAACAAAGAAGGAGGUGUCACGUUUCGACUUGAGCAAUGAUAAAGAAGGCAGAGAUAGUUCUAGUCCUCUUCAUCGUCUCCUCCUCAUCGUCGACGGCUCAGGUUACCGUUCAUAAACAAAAGCUUUGGUUUUGAAGCUUUAGUCGGGAUAAGCAGACUUUUUAUUUUGAUGUUUUUACAUUUUAUUUGUGGAGUUAAAGCGACGCUUUGUCAUGUUGUUGUUUGAUAAGCGACACAAUGCACCCGUCAGUACAAUGUGUUUGUGUGUUUGUUGCUACAGCUUCACUUUGUUUUUGUUUGUUAUGGGGAAUGUUUUCCAAAGAAUGUCAUUUUAAAGGUCCAAUUUAUACGGAAUUCAGAACGUUCCCAUGGCGACGAAACAACCGCAGCGCCUGUUUGCACCGUUAGCGCUCUCGGCUCUGUUAGCUGCAAGCCGCCAGGCCCCGCCUCCCUCGACUCCGCCUCCCUCGGCCCCGACUCCGCCUCCCUCAGCCCCGCCUCCUUAGGCCCGUCUACCCCGACUCCGCCUCCCUCGGCCCCGCCUCCCCCGACUCCGCCUCCUCUUUAUUGAGAGCCAAUCCCGCAACUUAAAACUUUUCUGGCUACGUAAAGGCUCUCUUCAAACUUCAGGAAUUGGAAGUUAUUUUUUAAGAAAGCUGUUUAUCUAGUAGAAUACGCCAAAAUAAAACAUAUAAAUAGAAAUGACCGAGUUUUAGUAUUCAGAAAGCUCGUAAGUCCAGCUGCUGAUCAAUAAACCUCCGUUAGACCUAAACAUGGAUAAUUUAAAGCGUUCUGUCCAGCUCGGCUAGCAAGCUUUUUAGUUUUUUUGGUGUAUUGCUUUAACCAAAGUAGUUACAGGAAC